GGAGUAUAUAUGCAUUGCUAUCCAAGCGGAGCACUGCUGUUUUCUGGUUCUUUUUGUUCAGAGUCUUUUUUUUGCAAACAAAGCGGACAAUGACCAACGCAGUCAUUCGUGCUCUUUCUGCAUUCUUUCCGAAAUCCAUCAUGUCACCUGCAAGCAAAUCACAGGAUGCUCCACAAGAGGCUGAAACUUUGGCGAAAAUAGAGAAGAUGGAACAAGAAGUUCAGUUAUUACUUGAGCGAAAUCGCGAUUUGACAGAUCAAGUUGACAAAUCUUCAAAGACGAUUUCGCGUUUACGAAGACAGCGAAGUGCUCUACUUGAUUCGAUUGCAGAGCAGCAUAAUUCAAAAAAUCCAACGGCAAGCGAUGAAGACGACGAUGAUAGCAGCAUUUAUGACGAAAACGACGAUCUGGGAGAAUUGAGUCCUGCUUCACCGGAUGAAGAGUCAUCGUCUUCGGAAGAGUCCAGUAGCGAGGAAGAAACGUAUAUUGCCGUGGAUUCAAUGGGUCGUAAACGGAAGAGACCAAUCAAUACACAAGGCAUUAGCCGAAAAAGCCGAUAUCGCCUGGUGGCGGUUACAAAGGAUGAAGCCGGCGACUACAUUCUCCCUGUACAGCUUGGAACGAUUAGAUUAAUACAACUCGGACGAAUCAUCACCACACCAGCUGCAUAUCAUAAUAACAGAUACAUUUUUCCUGUGGGUUACAAGAUCGAGAGAGUUUACAAGAGUAUGGUUAAUCCGGACAAUCUAGUGACAUACACGUGUGAAAUUAAAGAAGGGCAAGGAGCACCCAAGUUCUGUAUAACGCCUGAAGACCAGCCAGACAACUGCAUUGAGAAGGAUAAUCCUACUGCUGCGUGGUCUACAGUCAUGAAGGAAGCAAACCGAGAAUCCCAAAGAACACAUUUUGCAGUUUCUGGCCCAGAGUACUUUGGCAUGUCGCAUCCUAAUAUUACCAAAAUGAUCCAAGAGUUGCCUGGUGCAAACGAAUGCUACAUGUAUCAGUGGCGUUUCUUUGAUGAUUAUGAAACUGUACCGGGAUCACCGGGGCCGUCGCGAGGUGGUGCAUCUGCGCGUGGCAGAAACAAGCGAUCCUCAAGUCCAUCGGAACGUGCAAUAGGAACACCGGGUCGACGUCGAGGAGGUGGGCCGAAAAGACAACGUGGUGGUGCCAAACGGGCGCUUUAAAUGUCGUCUCCAUUCUAUUAUACACACUCAAAAGAAAACGUGAACCAGUUACUCUUUCCCUUACUUUUAUACGCAAUAUCCUCCUCCUGAUCGCCAGCACAUGGUAGCAAUCGAAAAAGUAUACACUCAUAGCACCUAAUUCCACUUGACACAACCUG